GAUCUCAGCUGGCAGCUGUAGGCGCUGGUGGAACAGAAAUAAGUGGACUGGCCCUGAUGCUGAACGGGGCAAUCGCUUCUCAUCACUCACAAGCAAUGCCUUGUCCUGGCUUCCUGCAGGAUGGCUGAGGAAGUCCCCAAGGUCCCCUUGAAGCCCAUCAGUGCCUGGGAGGAGAUGAGACCUCCUCCAGGGAAGAGUCAGCGGAAGAGCCCACAGCAGCAGCAGGAGCUGUGUGUGCCUCAGCCAUUCCAUGCUGAUUCACCAUCACCUGGGAAUGCCUCCUGUUUUAUGGGGCCAGACUCGGAGGAGAAAGAGUCCCUGGACAACAUCAAUGCCUUUCUCAAGGGCAAUGAACAGGAGGAGGCCAAGAAACUUAAAUUCUUGGAUUGUGUGAGCACCAUCAGCAGAGCCGUCCUCACUAGGAGCCCAGAGAGAAACCUGGCUGCUUUUCUCGGCAAAGCUCUCCUUGUGGAGAAGAUAAAGGAGCUGAUUGAUCUUGAGUCCAUCAACUACCUGACCAGCGGGGUGCGUCAGCAAGUGAUGCUCACCAUCAUGGAGCUGAGCAAAGUGAAGCCACUGCUGCGGGGAAUGGAGGAAUCCAGCCUGCUUACUGUCUGCUUCUCCAGCAUCUUCUCCCUGCCUCCAGCAGACACCAACCAGGGCAUGGAGGCUGCUCUAUACAACAACACUCUGAACGCCAUGGAUGAGAUGCUGAAGGCCUUGGUGUGCGAGGAUCAGAAGCCCAACCUUGUGGUGCUGCAGAACAUCUUGGAGGUCCUGCUCCCCUGGACCGCAUCCAAGGAAGUGCAUGUGCGGCUGAGGGCAGUGGUAAGGAUCACCUGGCUGACCAAAUUCAUCUCUGGUCAUCACAAAUUCAAGGAGGUGGAGGAGUUCAGAGUCCUGGGCCGGCUGGUGGAGUGUCUCACUCUGUGCUGUGCUGAGCAGGAGCAGGAGAUCUGCCGAUCGGCUAUGGAGGGACUUCACCACCUCUACGCCUUCAUGCGGCAAAAAUAUCCUUGGGGUACACCUGGCUGCUCGGCCCGACUAGAACCACGGUGGGCAGCAAAAGGGGUUUCACUGGCUGGUUUGUUUCAGAUGUUUGGGAAGUACUUCAACCCAUCCAAGUGCAUGGACUUCCUCCUCACUGCUGUCAAGGGGAGAGACACCAGCGUCCAUGACUCGGUGGCGGCCAGGCACAUGCUGCAUGUGGUCCUGUGGGUCCCCCGCCCAAGCUUGGAGAGCGUGUCGGAGGCUGUGACGAGCAUGUACCACAACCUGGACUCCAUCAGCGAGCCGCUGGCCCAGCAGCAGCUGCUCAGGGCCCUUGUCCUGCUGGGCGACCAGUAUAGCGAGGAGGUGGUCACAACCCUGCUGGGCUGCUCGCUGUCAUGUGACAGAGUUGCUGUGGAGAUGUGGAGGACACUGAUAUCCCACCCCAAGACCGCAGAAAAGGUCCUAAGGGAGCUGCUCAACAGGCUGCAGGAGCAGCCGCUGUGCCAGCAUCACGACGUCUCUCAGAAAGAGGCUGGCCUUGCCCCUGGGCUCACCCCCCGCACUCCUAGUUCCCGUGCCUCUGUCUGCAGGGGAGGCAGAUGUUGUUUUGGAAAUGGCUUGUUGGGUCACCGGAGGGUGUUUUGUAAAGCAGCUCCUCGUUUCACACAGGUGGGGAAACUCCAGCGUCUGCUGCCAGACAUCCUGGAGCAGCUACACGAGGCAGACAGGGACAUCAUCUCCAAUGCCAUCACCGUGCUGAAAGACAUCCUCGCUGGCAUGGACAGGCAGAGCACCAGCCCCGUGGCUGUGCAAGUGGCUGAGAAACUCCUGUCGUUCUUUCAUGAUGAGUCCAGCGAACUCCGGGUGCUCUCCAUUACCCUCUUUAAACACCUGCUGAAGCUUGUGAGGGGGCCCAACAAGAGGCAGAUGAAGGAGCACGUCCUCCGGAGCCUGGUCCCGCAGCUUCUUCUCCUGCACGAUGAGCGUCCCAAUGUGUCCCAGGUGUGUUGGGACACCCUCAGCAGUGCUGUGGAAUUCCUAAGGUGGUGCCAGCUCGGUGUCCUCGGCCGGCAAAAGGAGCUUUGGCGAGGCUGUGACUGCCUGGUGGCAUGCUACAAGGGGAGGGCAGAAACCUUCCUCUGCCAGACCAUGGCCUUUCUGGAAAACCCACAGGCUCCAAUUAGAGAAGCGGCCAUCAGGUUUCUAGGGCUCACUGCCCAGCAGCUGGACCAGAGGAGCCAGGACAAGUGGGAUGCCAUCUGCAAAGUCCUCAAAGGCUUGCAGCAGGACAGCAAGUCCUCCGUCAGAUGCCUGGCUUCACAGACCAUCCUCAUCCUCAAUGCUUUCAAGAAACACCGUCCAGCCCGCUCCAGCCUACGGACAUUCUUGUACAGCAUGAGACUGAUGUGCACUAGGGAGAACCCAGUCAUUGGAGCUGCCCAGCUGCCCUAGUAAAAGCCUCCCUUCUUUGGGGGUUUGGUGCACCAGAGCCCACCUGGAGCGGGGUGGAACACAUCAUGCCCAACCAUGGCUUCUUCCCCAUUGGCCGCCUGCCCUGCCCAGCCAUGUGAGUAGUUAACCGCUCGAUAGCUUUUAUCACCAUGUACUUUUUGACAGGUUUCCAUGCCCCGUGUAGCGUUUACGUCCCGCCCUCCGUCCCUGUUUCCGGUCGUGUACAUUUUUGGCACCAUCGGCCCUUUUGAACAUUUAUUUUGUAUUAUUUUUCUGUGUUUGGCUGGGGGAAGGUUGCGUGCUUGUGCUACAGUCAGGCAGGCAGAGCAGCAGAAGGUCCAUUUGCCUGGCCCUUGAUCAGGGCGGGGCAGCAAUCAAGUAGGGGGGCUCUGGCCUAUAGUUCGGCAGAGCCGUCGCAGUCUAGGGGAGGUUAGCUCUCUGGUGGGAGAGUCAGCACAACCAUCUGGUGUCCUGAUUCAGGCAGGUGCCAGACCAAUGCAAGCCUCCUGACAACCAGGUGGGGAGGCUGCCACUCCUGACGGUGGGGUGGCGGUGGUAGGGGAACCCAGGCCCUCUCGCUCCACUGCGUCCCAGCCCAGGGUCCUAAACAGCGGCAGAGUGCUGUGUUAUUGAC